AGUCAAACCCUGAAUUCAUGUCUUUCCUUUCAGCCAGUUGCAGGCCCACCUGCCAGUCAUGGUACUAUUUCUCAACAACACAGGCACCCAGGUGACUGAAUUCCUGAUGAUUUGCUUCCCAGGAAUGCAAGAAACACAGCACUGGCUAUCUGUAGUCCUUGCUCCCCUCCUGGUUUUGGCUUUGGGGGCCAACUUUGUGUUAUUACUCACCAUUCGGCAAGAGACAUCUCUGCACGAACCCAUGUACUACCUGCUUGCCAUCCUCUCCGUGCUGGAUAUCAUCCUCUGCCUCACUGUCAUCCCCAAGGUCCUGCUCAUCUUCUGGUUCAACAUGAAGACCAUCAGCCUUGCAGGCUGCUUUCUGCAGAUGUUUAUCAUGAAUACAUUCCUUCCUAUGGAGUCUUCCACCUUCCUGGUCAUGGCCUAUGACCGCUAUGUGGCCAUUUGCCAUCCUCUGCACUACCCGUCCAUUAUCACUGAAAAAUUUGUCAUUUAUGCAGCCAUCUUCAUUGUCUUCCGCAAUUUUCUGGCCACACUACCCACACCAGUUCUGGCUGCCAGGCUCAACUACUGUGCCAGCAAUGUGGUGGAGAACUGUAUCUGUGCCAACAUUUCUGUAGCAAAGCUCUCCUGUGGGGAUAUUCACCCAAAUAAGCUCUACCAAUUUGUGAGUGUUUGGUGUCUACUGGGUUCUGACCUAGUGCUCAUCUUACUAUCCUACUGCUUCAUCCUGAGGGCUGUUAAACGUCUGCAGUCAGGAGGUGCAGCAACCAAAGCCUGGAGUACUUGUGGUUCCCAUCUCAUUCUUAUACUUUUCUUCUAUACAUUGCUGCUUGUCUUCAUCUUCACAAACAAGGAAGAAAAGAAGGUGCCCUCAGAGGUACCCAUUCUUCUCAAUGUCUUGCACCACCUCAUUCCACCAGCCCUGAACCCCAUCGUUUAUGGAGUACGAACCCAGGAAAUCAAGCAAGGGAUUUUCAAACUAUUCAAGUACCAGUUUUGA